AUGGCCGAUGUUGAGCGUCAGAGGCAGUUGAAGGUGAGUGAGUCUGCGAGUGGUCCCCCUGCCCCCACAUGCGAGGAGCGUCCAGAGCGGACCACAGACAUGCCUCCUCGGCAGCGAUGACGAGGACCCAGGUCACAGGAUCAUGCACCGACUGAUCCAUCACGUUCGUCACCCGAAGGAAACGGUCGACAAGGCGAUUCAAGUCCGUUUACAGGGCAACGAAAAGUUCAAGGCCGGCGAUCUCCAAGGCGCUUUGCAGGACUACCACACCGUGCUCUUCUCCUUGCGAGGUAAGGUAGCGUCAUUUGACUGAUAAAAUCCCUGUGCUGUAGUUAGCAAAAGACCCUGAAUGGGUCUAUGUCCGUGUUCCGCUCCGGGGAGCACCGUACACAACCCAAGCUCCGCUGAUGGAAGCUCUCUGCCAUGCACCCACAACUGACCCCUUAUCGGCCCAUCUUCCUCAUGUUCUUUCAGGUCUUGAUGGCUCGAUCCAAGAAGCGAUGGGCGCUACGCCCAAAAUGCAUCGUCCCUCGCAAAGUAGCGCCGAGGCCUCUCUUGACGACGAGGCGAAGGCGCAGCGAGCGUUGACCGACAAGGUCAAGCAGGCGAUCGUGUCGACCCACAUCAAUAUGGCCAUGAUACAUUUCAAGAAGGUCAGCUUCGGAUGUUUUGCGCGAGCUUGGAGAGCAUGUGGGGCGUCCAGGAGGAGGCGACUUUGGGGUGAACACGAAAGAGGAUGGGUCCGAGCGUCGAUCGCCCGUCCCGAAGCAACACUUUGAUCAUUCCCGCAAGGAAGGAUGAAAGUAGAAGCUGAUUCUACCCAUAUCUGUCGUACCUAGGCGAACUGGCAGCGUUCCCUCGACUGUGCAUUGGAAGCUCGCAAGAUAGAAGCGUGAGUCUUGCUCGAAUCCGAAAGUCUUGCUCGAAUGCGAAAAGAUGCACCAUAUCCUUGAGUCGAGUCGAAGAUGGGCUGACGUAUCCUGCCUGCACCCAACAGAGACAACCCCAAGGCCAGGUUCCGCGAAGCCCAAGCACGCAUCAAGCUCGGUCUGGUCACGAGUGAUUAAAAGUCUAUUCUAUCGUUGGCCGGCGCACGGCACGCUGAAAACAGCUCAUUUCUCCUCCUCGACCACAGCGGGCAAGAAGAUGAUCGAGGACUUGCAAAAGGCGAACCCCGACCCGGCGUUUGUCAAGGCUCUGAAUGACCUCCACUUAGAGGAGAAGGCCAGGGCCGAGAAGAACAACCAGCAAUUCCGUUGA